AUGUGCUCUUCUCGACCCAAUACCACCGAUUCAAAGCCAGAGGAGGACUUGAAUCGCAGUAUGGUUAGUCAUUUGCCUCCCAGUGAUACCUAUGUCUCAUGUACAACGUUCGAUCAAGCUGGAAAUGUCAUCGCCGUUUCACAACGGUAUCCCAGAGCCGCAUUUCUCAAAGAGAACAACCUCUUUCCUCGAGAUCUCAGGAAAGUCGACUCUUCCUCCAUUGAAGUGGUGCCUUCGAUCAUGGUGCGUCGAGAUACAGCCAUUGUGGUCAAUUUACUAUAUAUCAAGGCCAUCAUUCAGCGAGAUAAUGUCAAGGUAUUCGACACCUCAGAUCCAUCCGCAGCAACAAAGUUGGGUCUGUUCAUGUACGACUUAGAGAUGAAGCUUAAAUCGCCCAGCUCGGUCCCCUACGAGUUCAAAGUGCUUGAAAGCAUCCUCAUCAGCAUUCUCAGCUACCUUGAGGCAGAAUUGCAUGGACAUGUCUCAAGUUGUGGUAACAUCUUAUCUGAGUUGGAAGACCGCAUCAGCCGAGAAAGUCUUCAGCAGUUGCUUAUCAAGCUGAAGAAAUUGACGAGUUUCUACCAGCGGGCCACGUUGAUCCGUGAUGUUCUUGAGGAAUUGCUUGAUAACGAUGAGGAUUUGAACGAUAUGUACUUGACUACUCUCAAGCUGUACAACCCCUCCAACAACGUCACAGACUACUCAGACAUCGAAAUGAUUUUGGAAUCAUACUACAAGCAUUGUGAUGAGGUAGUACAGCAGGCAGGCUCUUUGAUCAGCGAUAUCAAGGCCACAGAGGAGAUCGUCAACAUUAUACUCGAUGCUAAUAGAAACUCUUUGAUGUUGUUUGAGUUGAAGGUCACUAUUUAUACAUUGGGUUUCACAGUGGCCACGUUAAUCCCGGCAUUCUACGGAAUGAACUUGAAAAAUUACAUUGAAGAGUCCUACUACGGGUUUGGGGCCGUCACUGUAUUCUCCAUCAUACAAGGUAUUCUCAUCACGUUGUGGAACUUCAAGAAAUUGCACCGUGUGCAAAAUUUGACCAUGAUGGCCAAUACUUCGCUGCUGUACUCCAGCCGGUCUCGCCAGUUUGCCUAUCGCUUGUUUAAGAGGCGGUGGUGGGCCAAACUUCUUUUUGGUGACCAGACACGAUACCAUAGACCCACCAGCAAAGAACGAGACGUCAUUUGGCGCAUGAUAAACGACGACAAGCCGUAUCGCUAG